AUGGUAAACACAAUCGUUACGUUUGGAAAUAAUCGAGUUUCAUCAGUUGCACCACUUCCUAUAGUGAUUAAAACUGAUAAAAAAUCAUCUUUACAACGACAAAUUUAUUUAAUUAUUGGAAUUCUAGUACUUAUCAUUAUUGUGAGUCCAACAAUAUUAUCAAUUGAAAAAGAUCCAGAUGAUUUUUCUUUUCAUAUACUUUUCAUUGUUCAUGCAAGUUUUCUAUUAUUAUUUUUCAUUUCAAAUACAAUAUAUAGAAAUAUUGGAGAUGGAAUAACAAUAAUACCUAGUCUUAGUCUUUUGGCUAUUUAUAAAACAGUUCAUUAUGUAAUUCGAUAUCGUUAUUGUCGAAUAAAUUCUCCAAAAGAUUUUCUUAUUACAACGAUUCAAUUAACAAUUAUUUUAAUAUUUGUUAUAACAUAUAUUCUUUGGACAUAUUUAUUAAUAAGAAAUAAAUAUCGAAAGAAAAUAACAAAAGGAACAACAAAUUUUAUAAGAAAACAAAAACGAAUAUUUUUCUCAUUGUUAAGUCUUAAUUUAAUGUUAACAAUUUCAUCAUUAAUUUUAAAUAUACGUAAUCAAGAAAAUUUUGGUUUAUAUGAAAUAAUUAUUCUCUCAGUUGGAAUACCAUUAACUUUACUUUGGUGUACAAUAGGAAUAUUAAUGAGUUUAUCAACUGAACAUGAAAUAAAUAAAUUUCUUCCUUUAUUAAUAAUUAUUUUUGUAUGUGUUAGUACAAAUUUUCUUGUUCAUUUAUUUACAACAAUAACUGGUUGUUGGAUGAUAUCAAAAACUGAUAAAACAAUUAUUAAUUUUCGUUGGUUAUUAGCAAAUAUUUGA